ACGAAACCGGGGCCGACCCUGACUGCAAAGGAAAACUCACCGUGUCCCGAUAAUUACCACUUACCAUAGCUCAAGUUACCCUAAACCUAACUGGACUACCAGGGAGAGACUUCCUGCAUUGCGGGCGAUACCCCACUCUCGAUGAGAGAGAGAGCAGGGUCUCCUCCGUGCCUCGUCGCGGUGGCGAGGUGAACGGCCGGUAGCACCUUGCGCGCUACCCGCGCUCGGUGACAGCGUUAACGGAGCGCUAUGCUAGUCGCCUGAUGUUGGGACCUCGGCUUCUUUGACAUCGGGAUGACAGACUGCAUGCUUGGGAGUGCUCGCUGCGAGGGCGUGGAUCACAUGGUCAAGCAUGUGGGACUCUCACGGGCCAUGUCGGUGCAUCAACCUGUGGGAAAUGGCCACAUCACAUUUGCAAAUGUCUUGCCAACUGCGGACACAGAGUGGGUGAUCCAUCAUAGCCGACGGAGUCGUGGCCCGGUUUACGCAUCUGCUUUACGUGGUUGCAGUAGGAGGUGUCCACGGUCAGCGAGUGCGAGGUGCUUCCGCAACGUUGGCGUCGACCAAUUGUCAGCAACUGCUGACCGUGCGGACGGCAGCGCAUCGCUUGCCGACAAGAGGUGCACGGCAUUUGCUGAUGCCGGGUUCAGGGUCCGGGUACGACUUGGUAAUUGUAGCCAUUCCUCCCCCUCCAUGCACGUCGGGCGUUUGUCGACGUCCUGUCACUGUUCGCAUGGCGCUGCAUCACUUUGGGAUAGGAGGUGCAGGGCAUUGGUCGGUGCCGGGUUCGGAGUCCGAAUCGGCGGUCAUCGCCAUUCCUUUCCUUCCCGGCAGCGGGCGAUAGAGGACAGAUGUUGUUUGCAGGAAUGCCCCUUUCCCUUUGGUUUUUCUUCUCCUGCUUCCCCCUCGUCGCGCUCUCUUCCUCGUCAUGCUCUCACAACCCCUCUUGCUCACUCUCUUCUGCACCUCCCAUAUUGUUGCCCUAACUGUGUUGCGAUGCUUCACAGAGCUGCAAACCGCCCAGUAUGUCAGCCGCAGAUGGCCACCACGGUCUCCGCUGCCUCGCAUCCACCACGAUUGGCGGUGUCCAGGUGUCGUAGAUGGUCCCUUCUUCACCCUUCUUCCCUCGUCGACGGACCCUGGAAAACAGCGGGCCGGCUUCCGGAAUGUCUGUGCCGAUCCCACCUGCUGGUAGGGAGGGACCGAGAUAUGGCAUCCGCCGCUGGUUGUUGCUAUGAUGACGUGAACCGUAACUCGUGCGAUCUCGGCGAUUACAUGAAGCAGAGGACUGGUCGUCGUAGUCAUCCUCUUCGCCGGAUUGCGAGUGUCGCAGCGGCUAGAAGACCCACCAUGUGGACUGAGGAGGAGGAGGAGGAGGAGGAGGAGGAGGAGGAGGAGGAGGAGGAGGAGGAGAAAGACAACGGACGCCGGGAGAUCUCAAAGACGUCUGGGUCUCUGACGCAACUGAUUGUCUUCACAGCGGCUGGUAUGGCCCUUGUGAGUGGGGCUCUUGCUGUCAUUGUCUCUGCGACUGCCUUGUGGAUCCCCGUCCUUCUCCUCGGGGCACUGGUGGUGGGGACCACCACGGCCGUGCUCUUCCUCGUCAUUCUCCCUGUCUUCCAGUUGUUAUUGUUUGCCCUGUUGUGCAUGAUUGGAAUUCCUAUUGUUGUGUUUGCUCUGGCGCUCGUUCUGGGGACAGGUGCCUCCUCCCUUUUCCUGCCAAGCUGGGCAACUGCUUUGUUCGUCGUGCGACCGGCUCUGCAGGUGGUUGCAGCACGGUUCCUCGUCAAUUCAAUUCUGGUAGGCACAUUUACCGCGGGAGUCUGGUCGUACAAGAAAGCAGUUGCUGCCGCCAGCUCCGCGCAGGAGCGUCGUCAACGGCUUCGAAAACCAGGUGGAAAGGGGGGAGGAGGGAAACAGCGGAAGUCGAGGAGGAUCCUUUAUGGAUCUUCUGACAUGGCAUCUGAUCAACAGUCCACAAUAGCCGUUCGAUGGACCUUGGUCACAUUAGUGAGCCUACUGCCGGGGGUGCACUGGCUGGCUUGGCCAGUAGCCAUCAUCCAAAGUCGGAAUUUUCGGUCUUUCACAACUGCAAGAAGAUCUGCGUUCCUGUGGAACGGAAUUGCUUACGCCGCACCGCUCGUCGUCUCCCUGUUGGGAGUGACGACAGGUGGCAUGACCUCCGCAAGCUGUUUGACUGGUGGAAUGAUCGGUUGUGGACGGGUACUGGGGGGAGGAGUAGGAGUAGGUGGACCCGGUUGCUUGCUAGCGCUUAUCUUGGGAUUGAUCCAUCUGCAGCUUGAGAAACGUCGAGUGCAGUUGGAGGAAGAAGAAGAAGAAAGGCGUCGUCGCCGUGCCCUCGCCGACGUUGACAUCGCUGCGAACAACCUUGAGACCGACAGGGUGGCGCGGGAGAAAGAGCUCCUGGAGUUUGACCGGCGACUAGCCAGUUCUGGCACACCAUCAGGAGACCCUCGAGCCUGGUCGGCGGCGGAAGUGUCCGUUUGGUUGGAGAGCAAAGGGUUCGCCAAGUAUUCCGAAGCGUUCUUCCAAAACCGUGUGGACGGCAAAGUGCUGCUCACCGUCACUACGACCGAACUCAGAGACGAUCUCGGUGUAACCGCUCUUGGAGACAGGAAGCUUCUAGAAGGUUGCAUCACAGAGCUCAGGUCCGGCUGCAGACCGGCACAGGCUAGCGAAUAGUCGGGGCCCGCGUGCACAUGGGUAGCAGCAUCUGCAGUUUCAUGUGGUGAGACCCCCCCUCCUCCCCCCCGGUUCGAUUACAUGCAUGGUCAAUUAAAGGGCCAAUCGGAGGGGAGGGAACACGUCAGCCAUGCAGAUUCGCGUAAUGAGCCGAAAGACGCGAAUGGGCAAUCCUCCACCACCAGAUCGGUGGAGCGGUAAUUGAUGAUGACAACAACAAUAGCCCUGACAGUUGAGCAAUGGGUGAACACAGGGGCACGUCUGAGUUGCUGCAGGGUGGUUUUGGUGUGUAUAAAUGCUAGCCAAUAG